AUGGAUAAAUUUAAGGCUGCGCUUGUACUGGCCGGGGUAGGGGAUGCUCUUGGUUACCGAAAUUUCUCCCGACAAGACAAUGCUUUAGGCGCAAAAAUCCAGCAGGAGCUGAAGGAAAUCGGAGGGCUUGAGAACCUGGUGCUCUCUCCAGACAAAUGGCCAGUAAGUGACAACACUCUCAUGCACAUGGCUACAGCAGAGGCUGUCAUCACAGACUACUGGUGUCUGGAAGACCUGUACCGCGAGCUGGUGAAACGCUACGUGGACGCUGUUGACAAGCUCUCGGGGAGGCGGCCAGACCCCGCUACCAUCGAAGGCUGCAGGGAACUGAAACCAGACAACUACCUUCUCGCUUGGCACACACCGUUCAACGAAAAGGGGUCUGGAUUUGGAGCAUCUACAAAAGCCAUGUGCUUAGGGAUGAGAUACUGGAAACCAGAAAGGCUCGAGUCACUUAUUGAAGUGAGCAUUGAGUGUGGACGAAUGACUCAUAACCACCCUACAGGCUUUCUAGGGUCCCUAUGUACAGCUCUCUUUGUGGCUUAUGCAAUACAAGGGAAGCCUCUGGUGCAGUGGGGAAGAGAGAUGAUGAAGGUCGUUCCAAUGGCUGAGGAAUACUGUAAGAAGACCAUUCGCCACAUGGCAGAAUAUCAGGAACACUGGUUUUACUUUGAAGCCAAGUGGCAGUUUUAUUUGGAGGAGAGAGAAAUCAAUGAGGAAAACCAGAACAAACCUGUCUUUCCGGACAACUAUGAUGCAGAGGAGAGAGAAAAGACAUACCGGAGGUGGAGCUCCGAAGGCCGGGGCGGGAGACGGGGUCAUGACGCCCCCAUGAUCGCCUACGAUGCCCUGCUGGGGUGUGGCGGGGACUGGACGGAGCUCUGCAACCGCUCCAUGUUCCACGGAGGAGAAAGCGCAGCGACUGGAUCUAUCGCGGGCUGCCUGUACGGGCUGGUGUACGGCCUGAGCAAGGUUCCCAAGGGCUUGUACCAGGACCUUGAGCAAAGGGAGAGGCUAGAGUACUUGGGCGAGAACCUUUACCGACUGUCCACGCAGGAAAAGUAA